AGCCAAAUCCUCCCGCCAAUAUUAACCCUCUAAGACAAAUCUACCAGUCGAGUUUAAUUGAACCAGAUCCACACAAGCAAACAUUUUACAAACCAGUCUUAUCCAUCAGCAACAAAAGUGACUUGAAGCAAGUGUGGAAGGGAAUUUCAAAAUUACAAGUCUGAACAGGUUGAAGUAACUGCAAGACCAAAUUGAAAAUUUUUGGUUAGACAUCUGCAAUUUUCCAAAGGCUGAACUGGACGUUGGAAUGGAUAAUCUGGAAUCUAAAGAUAGCAACAAUUCUGGUGGCUCCAAACUCAAAGACUCUACACUGGGUGGACUGCAAAGAAAAUGUGAUGACGCUGAUUUUGAACGUACAGCAUACCAUACAAACAGUGAUGAAGGAGAGAAGGAAAAUUAUGCAGGAUCAACUUCCAUGUAUAUGUCUGUGUUUAACCUGAGCAAUGCUAUCAUUGGCACUGGGCUCUUAGGCUUGUCGUAUGCAAUGGCCAAUACAGGGAUUGUACCAUUUGUGUUCCUUUUAAGCAUUAUCACCAUGUUGUCACUUUAUUCUAUUCACCUUUUGCUCCAGAUUUCAUUUUUAGCAGAUUCCAUGGUUUAUGAAACAUUGGGACAACAUGCAUUUGGCAGACCUGGGAGACUGGCAGUAUUUGGAUCAACGUCACUACAGAAUGUUGGAGCCAUCUUGAGUUACCUAUUCGUUGUCAAGAAAGAACUACCUCAGGUCAUCCAAUCCUUUGCAGGUCAAGACAAUUCUGAAGCAUGGUAUGUGGUUGACCAUAACCUUGUUAUACUUGUGACUUUAAUCAUUAUUCUACCCUUGUGUCUAUUCAAGAACAUCGGAUACCUUGGAUACACUAGUGGAUUUUCACUUGCCUGUAUGAUUUUCUUCCUAAUUGUUGUUAUCUACAAACAGACCCAAGUUUUCUGUGAUACUUUGGUAUCAACUAAUAUUACAGACCUUGCUUGUACACCUGUGUGCACACCAGAAUAUUUUGUCUGGAAUGAUAAGACAGUCUAUGCUUUGCCCACCAUGGCCUUUGCUUUCGUGUGUCAUCCAUCAGUAUUGCCCAUCUAUCGUGAACUUAAAGAUCACACUUGCAAAAAAAUGCAGGUUGUUUCAGUGAUAUCCUUCUUCUCAAUGUUUGCCAUCUACCUGCUUACAGCUGUAUUUGGGUAUUUGACAUUUUACAGAGAUGAGGAGCUUUUUGAACAAGCCUACAUCCCCAACUAUGGAACGAUACCAGGCGAGCAAGAACAUCUGGCAACUGAGUUGCUUGCUAGAGAGAUCACUAGCACCAGAAUGAAACCUGAUGGCUCAAACACCCCCAGCUUCUACGGACUCCCCAAGGUACACGAUCCCACUCAUACCAAAAGUCUCCUUACCAGGCACACCCACACAUAA